GACAGAUUGCAAACUCGACCGAAAGACAGAAGAGCCGCGUCAGUUUCACGCUUUCAAAACUCGAAACCCUUACUAAUAUAAAAACCCUAAUUCGUUAAUUCACUACUCACUCUCAUCUCACAUCACAACGCUCUUCUUCUUUCGAACCAAAGACACUAUGGCUUUGCCCAAUCAGCAAACCGUUGAUUACCCGAGCUUCAAGCUUGUCAUCGUCGGCGAUGGCGGCACUGGAAAGACAACAUUUGUGAAGAGGCAUCUUACCGGAGAAUUUGAGAAGAAAUAUGAACCUACAAUUGGUGUGGAAGUGCAUCCAUUGGAUUUCUUCACAAACUGCGGCAAGAUUCGCUUCUACUGCUGGGAUACUGCUGGACAAGAGAAGUUUGGUGGCCUCAGAGAUGGAUACUAUAUCCACGGGCAAUGUGCUAUUAUAAUGUUUGAUGUUACUGCCCGUCUAACAUACAAAAAUGUUCCUACCUGGCACCGUGAUCUUUGUCGGGUCUGUGAAAACAUCCCAAUUGUUCUUUGCGGUAACAAGGUUGAUGUGAAAAACAGGCAAGUGAAGGCAAAGCAGGUUACCUUCCACAGGAAGAAGAAUUUGCAGUACUAUGAGAUUUCAGCUAAGAGCAACUAUAACUUUGAGAAGCCUUUCCUUUACCUUGCCAGGAAACUUGCAGGGGAUCCUAACUUGCACUUUGUAGAAUCUCCUGCAUUGGCUCCACCAGAAGUUCAAAUUGAUUUAGCUGCACAACAAGUACAAGAGAAUGAGCUUCUCCAAGCUGCUAAUCAACCCCUUCCUGAUGACGAUGAUGAUACAUUUGAGUAGGACCCUUGCGACUGCUGUCCUCUGUCUUGAGUUGGUGCUGUUGUGUAGUAUGCUAUAAUAUUUUGUGCUUGAGGUUGAAGUUUUAGCAUUUUUGGUUACAGAUUUGGGCAUUUGAAUUUUAUCAUCAUGAGUUUGGGAUGUUUUACUUUUAUGUAAACCCUCACUUAAUGUGGACGUAUCGUAUCAAUACUCUGCUGCAGGCAAUGAUUUUGUUUGUUUAGUAUUUGCUCUAUGCCACCCAUUUCACUUGAAAAAGUUUACUUGUUCAAGUUUAGACUUUUAA